ACGUUACCUUGAACCACGAUGAAUAAUGUCAUAACUGUUCUUUUAUUUCCUGUUGUAUUUUCACGAAAAGAGAUAAAGGAAAUGGAAUUUAUAGGGUUAUUAUUAAUAAUGUGCAAGUAAUAAACUUUACCCUCCCUGUGUCACAGAAGUCAGAUAAAGUCCAACUGGUUAUAAAGAGAGAGAGAGUAAAGUUCAGUUUCAUUUCUAGUUCCUGAUUUCAGUGAUGGCGGCUGCUGAUCUGAGAGACGAGCUGAGCUGCUCCAUCUGCCUGAGCAUUUAUACUGAUCCUGUAUCCCUGCCGUGUGGCCAUAACUUCUGCCGGGGCUGUAUUGGGACAACAUGGGAAUGGCAGAAGAGCAUAAAGAAAGAUCCUUCCUGCCCUGAAUGUAGAAAGAGAUUCAGUAGGAGACCUGAACUGACAACUAACUGGAAGCUGCGUGGCCUGGUGGAGAGAUUCUGUCCAACUGAACCUGCUUCCAUUAUGGAGAGAAAAUGUUCUGUACAUGACAAGGUUCUGGAGUUUUACUGUGGUGAGGAGUCUGUCUGUGUCUGUGUGUCCUGCUGUUUGGCCGGAGAGCACAGGGGCCACAGGGUGGAGCUGCUGAGUGAGGCCUCUGAGAAGAAGAAAGAGAAAGUGAGGAAAGUUCUGGAGAAACUGAGGCCAGAGAGAGAGGAGACUGAGAGAGGAGCCCAGAGACUGCAGGAGCGCAGGAGAGAAGUGGCAGAAAAAGCAGCCGGUGAGACAGAGAGAGUCACUGCCCUGUUUAGAGACAUCAGGGAACAGCUGGAAGCCCUAGAGAAGCGACUCCUGAGUGACAUCUCCAGCCAGAAAGAGAAGCUCUCACUCACACUCACUGAUCUGAUCCACCAGUUGGAAAUAAAGAAGGACGAGCUGUCCAGGAAGAUCCGUCACAUUGAGGAGCUGUGCAACAUGGCAGAUCCACUCACUGUCCUACAGGAACGGGAAUCACAUGGAGCUGAAUUUUGUGGGGCUGAGGGGGCAGAUAAUGAGGGCGGAGGGAAAUAUGAAAAAAUUUUCUCAUUUUUUUCUUUUUUUCUGCCUUGGGCAAUGAGAAAAAAAGAACACACAGAUACAGAGAUGUUACAGAGCAGAGAUGAUAUAAAGGUCCCUGCUGUAGGGGAUCUGGAUGUGGAUCUGAUCUCAGAGACAUUACUCACAGGCUUAGCUGCCAUUGUGACUGGGGUAAAGGGAAAGUGGAUCCCUGGGCAGGGGGCUACAGACCUGUUACUGGAUAUAAACACGGCUCAUAAUCUUGUAUCUGUAUCAGGGGACAGGAAAUCUGCUUCCUUCUCACUCACAGACCAGCGUCACCCACAAACCCCAGAGAGAUUUCAGUUGGUUCCUCAGACUUUAAGCAGCAGGAGUUUCCCCUCAGGGCGACAUUACUGGGAAGUGGAGGGCAGUGAAUCAGAGAUCUGGGGGGUAGGGGUGACCUAUCCCAGUAUAGAGAGGGGAGGGGAUCAGUCCUGGAUUGGGAAUAAUAACAAGUCCUGGUGUUUGUGGAGAUGGAAUAAUAAAUAUACAGUGAGACAUGACAGUAAAGACACACAGUUACCCGACGUCCCUUCCUGCAGGAGAAUCAGGAUCUCACUGGACUAUGAGGCCGGACGUCUGUCCUUUUAUGAGCUGAGUGAGCCAAUCAGACACUUACACACCUUCACUGCCACAUUCACUGAGCCCCUUCAUGCUGCAUUCUGUGUAGGGUGGGGUGCCUCUGUGAGAAUCAUUAGUUAGGGCAGGAAAGCCAUUCAUGUCCUAGUGAGAACAGGAGAGGAAGAAAGUGCAGGAGACAAUGACUGGGUUGCCACUUUAAUAACAUUAUACCAUUAAUUACAUUUUCAAAAACAUUAGAGUAUUUGUCUGUAUUCCAUAACUAUCUCUGUCUCUUCCCAAUCAUUUGACAUUCUUCCUUUGUACUAAGUGUCAGGUCAAGUGUCCUACUCCCCCUAUACACAUACAUGAAUGAGCUCACACACGUCAACAAUGGGGCCGGAGGGGAAGG